CUGUGCACGUGACAACACGCCUAAUGAGAUAGCAGUGUUUUGCCCGGGAGGGCCGGCUACGGCUUGUCUAUAAAAGCCCCCAUGCGGUAAGAAGCCGUGAGUAGUGUGGCAAUAACAGUUGUGGAGAUAGCACGGGCUGGUGGAAACGCUGUCUUGCAAGCAGAGCCAGCCGUUUCUGAGAGUAAAAAUCGUUCUGAAGAUUUAUACUAGGGAUAUUAACGAUAAUUCAGUGGGUGAAAGGACAAACCAGCUGAAUCCACUGAUAGAAAAAAUAUAGGACAACCCUAAGUGACGUCACAGCAACAUUCAAGAUGGCGGAAAAAGGUGUCCACUUUUUCGACGAACCAAUCGACCGACGCCAUACGUGUCUCUUGGGAAUUCCCGAGGAUAGACUGGCCUUGAAACGUCAUAGCCUUCCCGUCGUGCCACAGAUUCGAAUCUCCGAAAAUACCCAUGAUUCCAUAUUUGAUGACGAUGAUGAUGGAGACGAGUGGUGGACUGACCAAUCAGUGUCGUCGAUGGAUGACCUGCUACAUAAGUCAGUUCCAGAAUACAAAGUUGUGGUCAUGGGAUCGGCAGCCGUCGGGAAAACGGCGCUAAGAGUAGAGUUUUGCACCACUGAAAUUAUUCGGGAGUUUCUGGACGAGGAUGACUCAAUGAUGCUCGAUAUGAACGAGAGAACAUUCAGCGUGGACGGGAUGGAAACCACUCUGCAUCUAACGGACACUUCCGGUCACCUUUGUCAACGGUUGUGUGAGGACGAGGAAUCCGAGCUAGCCGUUCAGGAUAAGCAUAAGGAGGAGAAUGGAGAGGGAAAUGAGAACUACGUCCGAAGAAGAGACCAGUACAUCCCAAAGGGAGACGCCUACCUGAUAGUGUACGCCAUCAACGACAGGGAGAGCUUCAAGACGGCCUCCAAACUACUCAUCAAGUUGAGAAGAAGCAGACCCCUCCACGACAUUCCCGUCAUCCUUGUCGGCAACAAACGAGACUUGGAAAGAUCGCGAGAGGUCAAGAAGAAAGAGGGCACCGCAUGCGCCAAGGUCAUGGAGUGCAAGUUCAUCGAGACGUCAACAACGAUACGUCACAACAUCGACGAGCUGUUCGAAGGUGUCGUCCGACAGAUCCGUCUCCGUAGCAACGUGGAGGAGCGCGACUCCGAGCUCAUGCAGAAAAUGGCGUCAUCGGAAAGACGAGGCAGCAAGGGUAUUCUGGGUAAAGCCAAAAACCUGCUCACCUCCAUGUUACCGAAGAAGAGGAGGAACAGAUUGGUGUCCAGCUCCUGUAACGAUCUGUCGGUUCUGUGAAUUCAAACCUUCGACGGUACAAUAUCAUGUUCCCACAAUGAAUUGCAAUGAACUUUGACCUCUUUAGCGCCUGAGUAUGAGUGAUUAUCAACGGGAAAGGGCUUGUUGCAUAGAACCUCCAUGAUAUGGCAGAAAGAAUAAAAGGAAAAGAAUCACUGAUAAUGAGAGGACGUCAACACGGUUCCGAUGAAAGAUGUAUAGUUUUCGCCUGCUGUCUUCGAAUCCCAGCGACAAAGAAUGUAAUUGCAGGUGUUGUAUGUAACAUAGAAAUGAUAAAAUUAGAAAUUUGAAUGCGCUGCAAUAACAAUGACUGAGAGAGGGGUUCCUGUUAUCAUUUAGCUGCAACAUAAAUAAAUACAGAGAUACUGAAAAAGGUGUUCCUAUAUUGUUAAGAAGGUGUUCAUCGACAUGUACUCUUAAAAAUGUUUGUUUUUUCCACAAUUUUCACAACGUCAGUCAAUUGAUUAUAUUUGAUAUCUUUGAUUUCACAGAUGUUUACACCGUUUCUAUAUGUUGUUGCAGUAUUUCUUACAGUAUUUCAUGUAUAAUUGCUGCAAUAUUCCACAAAUGUUGUAAUGAACGAAUAAAGUGAAUCACGAUAA